GUGAGUUUUGUGGAAACCCGGACCCAGCAAUUUUCAAAGAAAGGGAAAACUUAGUUAUUAAAACAUUAGGUUUAUGAUGUUUUGUCUACCGAAAAGCACAUUGUUUAUGCCCUUGUCAUUUUGCAGAAUCUGAAAAACGGUGAAGACCAUAGUAAAAAUAGUAUUGUGACAAUGUCAUCACAAUUCAUUGUGUUCGCCGCGUAAGUGUUGCGCAGCAAUUGUAAACAAACGAGAAUGAAUGACAUUUAAAUUACUGACGGAGCAUCAUUUUAUUGAUCUUCUUUUAAGUCAUGCUGGAUUAAAGGAUUGAGCGAUGACAGUUUGAGCUUUGUCUCUUCAAAUGGUCCAGGACUAAAGUUGAAUCACAAACAGUUGGACUGAAUGAAGUGAAAUCAUGUCACGCCCAAGACCACUCAAUGGAAUUUUGACGAGUAAGAGUGAUCUAGACGAGAUCAAUCAACGACUGAAGCAAAAUGGCUUCGACCCGCAGGCAGGGGACCAGGCAAAGCUGCAGGAGUUAUGGCAUCUGUUGAUGCGCACCGAGGAUGACUUGGCUGUUGCGCAACAGACAGUUGGAGAGGCUGAUCGGCAACAUGCUGUCGAAAUGGAAGAGGUGGAGACUUACAUGGAUCAGUUAAGACACUUAUCAGAAGAACGUGAGGUACUGACCCAAGAGUUUGAAAUCGAAAACGAACAACUGAAGAAAGAAUUAGAUAACGUCCGAGACAAGAUGGCUAAUGGCAAGAGUGAAGUGGCUGAGAUGCUUAUACAGGAGGGUCUUGUGGAGUUAACAGAGGGUACACCCAGUGAAGCCAUUGCUUACUUGCUGGUAGAAAGAAAUAGAACAUUGGAUGAACUUAAAGAAGCUAAACGCAAGAUGGCUCACAGUCCUGGCAUGAAGAUUACAACAAGCAAAGAAGUCCAGGAAGUUCUCGAUAAUGAGAGGAAGGUGAUGGAAGAAGAGAUAAGAGUGGAGAGAAAUAAUGUCAGGAAGAUGAAAGAUAGCAUUGAACAGGACAAUAAACUGAAAGUGUCAAACUUGGAGUCUCAUAAACAUCGUCUUGAGAUGGAAUGUCGACAGCAGCAACAGAAGAGCAGAGACUUGGAGUUUGAGGCUCAACGUCUUCAGAAAUCAUUGGAGAGAGAGAAGAUUGAACGGAGGGAGGAGGUUGACAAACUGGAACAGCAGAUCAAAAAAGAUAGCUCAAAGGAUCUGACGAACUCCGAGACAACUCUGGUAAGAGAAGCUAAGAAGAAAUUAGAGAUGGAAGUCUCAACAAUGAAGUAUAAGAUUAAGACGGUCGAAGAUGACAAGAACAAACUCAAUCUGAGAGUGAGGGAACUGACAGAGUCCCUUGACGCUGAGAAGAAACGUCGUUCGUCUUAUGAGGGAACGAUCAUCAAACUUAAAGCAGUGGUGGAUAGGAACAAAAAACUUAUCAGUAAUUUAGAGGUUGAGAAGCAAUCAUUGUCUGAGAACAAAGCGGCUCUUGAAAUGCGAGUUGGUUUCUUGGAGAAAGAUUUAAAACAGCUAAGAGAACAAGAGAAGAGCCUCCUUAAUCAAACGACUUCCUUAAAAUCUGAACAAACGCUCAUUGAGCGCCAAGAGUCCGAGAUCCAAAUCCUGAGAGAGGAGAGUCAGAGCCAAGCCCUCAAGCUCCAGAAGACAAUGGUUUCCUUGGAGACUGAGAAGAAGAAAUGUCUGGAACUAGGUCAGAAGUUGACCUCAACGGAGGAGAAAUGGGAGCUGAUUGUACAACGGUACAAACACAACGAGAAAGAUCUGACCAAUAAGUUGGACAAGCUUACGAGAGAUCUUGAGUUUUCCAAAUCAGAGCUUGAAGCGAAUCAUCAAAGAAUCAGCAGAAUCCACCAAGAGCAUGACAAGCAACUUGAAGACACCAAGUUAGAAGCACAAUAUCUGAAAGAUGAACUACAACAAGAGAAAGGUCUCUCGGAGCAAGCUGAUCGUCACCGUCUCACCAUUAAGGAGCUAGAAGGUAUCGUCGAUGAACUCAAGAAAGACCGAGAUGUCUUAGCGAGAGAGCUACAAGUGAUGAUCACUAAGGAGCAGAAAUACAAGGAGUGGAUAAGAACAGAAGAGCAAUCGGCUGAAGAGAUUGCCAAGAUGCAAUCCCAGCUGGAGAGCAGUGUGUUGAAACAGAGUAACCUGGUAGAAGAACUCAGUGAAGAAAAGAGAAGGAACCAAAAGUUGCAAGACCAGGUGGACCAGAGUCACGAGUUGGUCAAGCGAGCUGAGGAAUCCACUGGUCAUCUCAAGGAGAGCAUCGGCCGGAAGUCAGCUGAGCUAGUCAGGCAUUACGAUUGGUCCAAAGAGGGUCAGUUGAAACUUGAGAACAAAGUCCGAACGCUUGAGAAGGAGUUGGAGGAAUCUAAGAUGGAGUCUCAUGGAGAAAAGACGGAGGUUUCUUGGCGACUAUCGAGGGAAGAGAAGAGGGUGAAGGAAUUGGAAGGAUUGCUAGCAGAAAAGAAAGAGGAAUUGGCUCAGUUAAAGAAGGAAAUGGGGAGGUUAUCGGUGGGUCAUACCAGGGCUGAGGAGAGAGUACUGGAUGAGGCAAGGCUACGAGUUGAUAUUGAACAUAGAAAUAAAGUACUGGAAGAAGAAAUGACCAAGCAAUGGACCCAAUUAAAGGACUUGAUGACCAGACUAAGUGCUACUGAAUCAGCUAAACAAGAGCUUGAAGUCCAACUGGAAAAGCAAACUAAUGAGAUGCGACAUCGCUAUACUGAGAUAGAGCAAGUACAGGCGGAGACCAACGCUACUGCAUCGACUCUGAGUCUGGUCCAACAGAGAGCUCAGGCUGCUGAACGCAAGAUUCCUGAACUGCAGCAGCAACUUGAUGAGAAGUCACUCCGUCUCCAAGCUUCGGAAGCCCAACUACGAGAUCUUACUGCUACUAAGCUAGAUCUACGUACUAGUAAAGACGAUAUCAAUAGAUUGAAGGCUCAACUACAUGAAGAGAAGAUUGAGAAGUCUUUGCUGAACCAGCAGCUGGAGGAUUUAAAGCAACAAUUGACGUCAUCGUUGGAACGAGAAGACAAAGUCCGUCACGAGAACACCGACACUAAACAUAGAUUACUGGAAAUACAAAACAGACUUUAUGCAACGGAAGAUAAAUCCAAGUCAGUGGAGGAUAUGCACUCAUUAGCAGAGAUGGGUAAGAAAUCUCUUCUAGAUCAAGUUUCAUCGUUACAGCUUGAAGUUCAACGUCUACAGACUGAGUUGAUGCAGACAACGCAACGACUCGAUGCUCAGAUCAGUAAAUAUGAAGAACACAAGACACAUCAUAAAAACAAGCUGCAGCAAGCCAGAGACAUCUUCACUAGACACAAGUCUGUUCUGGCCGACAGUCUAAUGAAGCUGCAGCAAGAUCUAAACACAACCAACGCUGAGCUACAGAAAGAGCAGAAUAAUAGAGAGAACUUACAGAAGAAACACGACAACUUGCUGGAUGAACACCGCAAGCUGCUCGCUAUGCAUUCAGACACAGAAGAGGCUGUGAGGGACCAGAAUCGCAAUGUUAACACCAUGGACUACAGAGUCAAGUAUCUUGAGAAAGAGAAUGGAGUUCUUCAAGAUCGCAUUGAUACCUUGAGUAGACAGAGGGUUGCUAUGGAGAAACUCAUUAGGGAGUACAGAUUGGAGAAACAGAAAAUGGAGAUUGACAAGUCCUUGCUAGUCUCACCAGCUGGUGGCUUUACGAUGACCUCUCCCCUCAGUACGCUAAAUUCUUCCCUACCUCGGACCACGCUCACUAGUGGGCUUGGCCAAUCACAGAGCCCGAGUUACAUCUCAACCCUUGAUACUCGGAGUACUCAGAACAACGGUUACUCACCGAUGAGAGCAAGUCACCAAGGAACAAGAAACUCAGGGUACAAUCAACACAGCGCUUUGAAUCGUAAGUCAUUACGAAGCCCUGUCCUAAGUACUACUCAAAGCUCCGAUAAUGAUACUGACUCGUGAGUGUCAAUGUGAGAGCGAGUUACCAAGGAACAAGAAACUCGGGGUACAAUCAACACAGCGCUUUGAAUCGUCAGUCAUUUCGAAGCCCUGUCCUAAGUACUACUCAAAGCUCCGAUAAUGAUACUGACUCAUGAGUGUCAAUGUGAGAGCCAGUCACCAAGGAACAGCUGUGCCUCUUCCAAGACGGCAGCGGGACGAUGUGUGACGUAAGUUCUGUUAUUCAGAAAUAAUUUGUCGCUUGAGGUUAAAUUGACUUAAACAUUUGACAUAUUCUGAAGAAUACACACUGGAUGUUGCAUGGGGAAUCGCAACAUCACUAAGAAGAGGUCUGAUUCUGAGAUGUUAUAUUGAACUUACAUCUUGAGAAAUAAGGGUCUAAUCCUAAAAUUGUCCUGCAAGAAAAGAUGCAAGUCUCGUCACAUUGGACACCAUUUUUUAUUGGCCUCAUUUAUUAAUGGAAUUAUCAGUGAAUGCAAAAGUAGAGGAACGAAAACUUUGUGAUCAGGUUUUAAAUUGAGAUGCAUUAUUGGCAAUAAUAAGAGUCUUAUUUUGAUACAUUUUAUACUUGUGUAAUCUUUAGGUAUAGAAAUACUCUUCUUAAGAAUGGAUUGUGGCUGCAUUCCUAAAUUAUAUAUAUUUUGUGAAACUUAAAAAGUGAUCAAGUGCCUAGUUUUGAUAAUGUAACCCCUCUCAUUGCUUUGACUAAGAUUUCCAACAAUCCUUUGUGCACCGAGAAUGGGCUUCAAGUUACAUUUAGUAAAAGGGUUGGUUGUGAAAUAUGUAAAACUGUUAUUCAUUUUGUAUAUUUUUAUUUAUUUUUUCCUUUUGUGUACUUGUUUGAUCAGCCCUACUAAUGCUCACUCAGGAUGAAUUAUAAUGCAAUUUAUAGAAUGUGUAUUAUAGUUAUACAAAUAUGCUAAAAAUUGUGCCUUCUCUUCAGCCAAACAGUUUGAUCUGCUUCUAAAACACUCCACAUUGUGACGCUUUUCCUCAACAUAUUGUUGCACAAAUUCAUAGCUUUAGCAAUCUUGCACAAAAGAAACUGAAAGAAUUUUCUCAUUACCAUAGGUUUGAUGUUCACAUCUGUGAUAGUUUUGCCAAGUUACGACAGUUGAGUGUUUUCAAACAUGCGUAACACUUUAGAUAUUUUAUCCCUGACCCAUGUUAAUUAAUAAGAGGUUUUUAGGUUAGGAAAAUGAUGUGCUGUGAUUUAUGGUCUGCAAAGAUAGUUUUUUUCUCUUUGAUGUGUGCUUGUUGUAUUUUUGACAUUGAUGUUUGCUCAAGGACCAAAUUUCACACUAGUAGUUGGUUAGGGAUGUUUGUAGGGUAUGCGCACAGAAGUCGAAGUUUGAGCGGCUCUAGUCAUGUCAUGUCAACAUGACCAUAGAAUAAUGCAAGCAAUCUAUUGAUGUGUGAGGGUCUGGUUAGAACAGGACUCAAGACCAAAAUGGACUUAUGUUUUACGGCUUUAGCCGACAGCAGAGUAAACUAAUUUCUGCUGAGAUUUUUGUUUCUAACCAGAGGCUGUUUUUUAUUGAUAGUAAUUAAUAUUUAAGAUCUUAAAUUGUAUUUAGAUUCUAAUCAUUCCUCAAAUAUGUAUGCUUUUUAUAA